GCCCAGUCAGCCCUAGGAGCCGGCUCUCCCUGCGCUCAGGCUUUGGGAGGCUGGAGCACAAAGAGCGCUUGUUGCCCCAGUCCCCGGGAGUCUCCCAGUGCUACCACUAGCUGGGGAGGACUGGUUACCAUGGAGGCUGCCAUCUGUUCACUCCCUGCUGGAAUGUGAUUAUCCUCGCUGGGUUGGGAACCAGCAAAAGCAGGGGAGCGUGUGCUGUCGGCAAUUAUCUGCAAUGGAGUGCGUUAAUGGAGGGCUGGAAUUAGCUAGCUGGAGGAGCACAUAAAAGGAUUUUAUCAAAACUAUUAAUGAUUUCUAGCCAGGAGGAGUAAGCUUUUUGCAAGGCAGCAGCAUCUGUCCAAAGUCCUUAAUAUUGUCUAGAACUUGUACAGCGAGUGCCACAACCAGACUAGUUGAGCAGAAUGUACGCAAUGAAGCGGCUCAGGGAAUAAAUGGAAGUGUGCCAGUCAAACAAUCCCCACGUUCAGCUUCAAAUCCAAAGCCACAAGUGCCUCCAAAGCCAAUUCAUCUGCAGAAGGCAACGUACCAAACCCCCAGGCAUAAAGCUUUAGCAAAUCACAAACCAAGGAUGGAGGAAGAGGCGCCCACUGCUGUUUCCAGUGUUGCAAGGGAGAAGUCCAGUAAAGUGUCAGAUCUCAUCCAUCGUUUUGAGGGAGGCAGCUCGUUGAAUCCUAGUGAUUUGAAGAAAGAUUCCUCUGUUCUCCACCUUACUAAAUCUCAAGGAAGAUAUGGGUCAACACCAUCACCUCAGCCCAAACUCCCCUCCCAGCACUCACUACAAAAACAGGGAAACAAUAAUACUGACAAAACUCAGGUUGCACAGCUACACACAGCCAACGGAGUAGUAGCACAAGACCAGCCGGAGGAUGAGGACAGGAGAUUAUCAGAUCGUGGCUCUGCUGUGUCCACUCCAGUUCCAGAUGAUGUCAUUGACAGCAGCUUGAUAAAUGGGGAAGGAGAAAGUACUUGCAGGGAGUCAUUGCAAAGUGUGACUACCUGUGAAGAACAGAUGCUUAACAGCUGCUACAGAACUCCAAGUAGUGAUACACUGCUCCCAUCUGAAAAUGAAACUCCAGAAAUUAAUACUAAUGUGAAGGAAGAACCAACUGAGGAAAUCGGUAAACAAGAUCAACCUGUAGAAACAAAGGAGACAGAUGAACAGAAACGCCACAAAAUUGCCAGUGAACUUCUGCAAACAGAAAAAGCCUACGUUAGCCGACUUGACCUCCUAGAUGGGGUAUUCUAUUCCAGACUCCUUGAGGAAGCUAACAGAGGUUCGUUUCCACCUGAAGUGAUUAAUAAAAUAUUUUCUAAUAUUUCAUCAAUAAAUGCCUUCCACAGUAAAUUCUUACUUCCAGAACUUGAAAAAAGAAUGCAAGAAUGGACUACCACCCCUAGAAUUGGAGAUAUUCUGCAAAAGUUAGCUCCUUUCCUCAAGAUGUAUGGAGAGUAUGUGAAGAAUUUUGAUAAUGCAAUGGAAUUGGUGAAAACGUGGACUGAACGGUCACCUCAAUUCAAAUUCAUUAUUCAAGACAUUCAGAAGGAAAAAGUGUGUGGAAAUUUGACAUUGCAACAUCACAUGCUAGAACCAGUACAACGCAUUCCACGCUACGAGAUGCUUCUAAAGGACUACCUAAGGAAAUUGCCUCAGGAUUCUCUAGACUGGAAAGAUGCUGAAAAAUCCCUGGAAAUUAUAUCCACUGCGGCAAGUCACUCGAAUAGCGCAAUUAGAAAGAUGGAGAAUCUAAAGAAGUUGCUAGAGAUAUAUGAGAUGCUGGGAGAAGAGGAGGACAUUGUGAACCCUUCAAAUGAACUGAUAAAAGAAGGCCAGAUCCUUAAACUCGCUGCUCGCAAUACGUCUGCUCAAGAACGGUAUCUUUUCCUAUUUAACAAUAUGUUACUCUACUGCGUUCCCAAAUUCAGCCUGGUAGGAUCAAAGUUCUCAGUUCGAACCAGAGUUGGCAUAGAUGGUAUGAAAAUUAUAGAAACUCAUAAUGAAGAAUAUCCACAUACUUUUCAAGUGUCUGGAAAGGAACGAACACUGGAGUUGCAGGCCAGUUCUGAACAAGAUAAAGAAGAAUGGAUAAAGGCACUUCAGAGUACUAUUGAAGUUUUUCAACAGAGGAAUGAAACUUUCAGAAACGCUAUUGCUAAAGAAUAUGAAGACAUGCCUGUCGAGGUUUCUAACGCCGAGCUUGGGAAGAGAGCGCCGAGGUGGAUACGGGACAACGAAGUGACCAUGUGCAUGAAGUGCAAGGAGCCAUUUAAUGCCCUGACAAGGAGAAGGCACCACUGCCGAGCAUGUGGACAUGUGGUUUGCUGGAAAUGUUCUGAUUACAAGGCACAUCUUGAAUAUGAUGGUAAUAAAUUGAACAAAGUCUGUAAGGACUGCUAUCAUGUUAUAAUUGGUUGUACAGACAGUGAAGAAAAGAAGAAGAAAGGCAUCUUGGAGAUUGAAUCUGCAGAAGUUUCUGGAAACAGUGUCAUAUGUAGCUUUCUUCAGUACAUGGAAAAGUCGAAGCCCUGGCAGAAAGCUUGGUGUGUUAUACCUAAACAGGAAGCUCUUGUGCUCUACAUGUAUGGUGCUCCACAGGACGUUAAAGCUCUGGCUACAAUUCCCCUUCUGGGCUAUACAGUGGAUGACACUCCAAAAAGUGCUGACCUCCCACACAGCUUCAAACUGACCCAGUCUAAAUCUGUGCACAGCUUUGCUGCUGACAAUGAGGAACUGAAACAAAAAUGGCUAAAAGUUAUCCAUUUAGCUGUCAAAGGUGAGACACCAGAAUGUCAAAAUGAACUGCAAGUGAAUUUAGAAGAGCAGCCUGAAUCUUCUAAAAGAUCUGAAUGCUGAAGCUCAAGAACACAUGGCAUUUUUAAAAGAUUUCAGUUGAAAUUGUGGUUAACCUUUGUGUUAACCUUUCUUUGCUCAAUCAAGAAAAAAGAAAAAAAAAAAAGAAAAAGAAACUUCUUACUACCAUACACAUCUUGGCACUUUAUGUUUGGGAAAAAUUCUGGUCUUUUUAGGGAUCUUUUUCUUAUAUUUAUGUUCUGUCAAUAAAAGAGAUGUACAGGUUCAUUUAAGAGACUUUUUAAAAAAAUGUGAAUGCUAUUAAAAAUACUUACUAACUUUACUGUACUGCUUGUUUGUCAUAAUGCAAUUUUUUUUUUUGAGAAUCCAGUUGCUCUUCAGUUAACAUUUGCUACUUUCAUUAAGAAUGCAAAUAUUUUAAGCUUCCUACUUACAUGUUAGGACUUGCAACAGGAUAAAAGAUAUACCUCCACAUUGCCAAAAUAGAUCUGUACUUAAACAUGCAGGGACAGUUUGGUUUAAUGUAUGUAGUUUAUAGAUUGAUUUCCACAGAUCUGUACAUAUGUUGUAUUCACUUGUCUCUUUUACUUAAAAUAAUGCAAAUUGCUUUCACUGGUAUAUUGGCUUUUAAGGUUUCAGUUUAUCAAGGAAAAAAAAUCUAAUGAUUUUCAAUCUAGAAAUAAAAUAUGAGAAAACUAUAUAUAAUAUAUGUACAGUAUUAAAAACGUACAAUACUUGAUUUGUGCUUUGAUUUCAUGAUUCUGGGUUCCUAUUAGUGAAUAAUUUAUUUUAAAAAAGCAUGUUUUCUAUUUGAAAUUAAACACAGUCCUAAAUUGAAAAA